AUGCACCUGCACAAAGCAUACAACUACAAGCCGCGGCUGCGGCGGCUCGCGCUCCUCCUCCCCGGCGCGCCGGCGUACUUUGCCCGGCGCGCGCGCGCGGCCAACUACGCCGAGCUGCGCAUCGCGGGCCCGCUCGACGACGCGAGCCUCGCCCCCGUCAAGCACAUACGCGACGCGGACCCACUCGCGGAGCGGUGGGAGCGGUGGGUCGCCGCGAUGCUGCGCGCGCUCGACGACGAGGACGCGCGUGAGAUCCCGCACGGCGUGCUGGACGCGGGCGAGACGGACGACGUGGAGACGGAGGAGGCGCCGGUGUGGGUGUUUUAG